GAUGUCUAACCUAACCCGAGCUGGAGAAGUUUACGUGGUCAACAAUGAGGUAAACAACGAAGGAGUUCCGUUCGCCGACUCGUUCUACAUCAGCGUCCACAUUUGCAUCGUACGAGUCUCAGCCGCGGACGUGCAAGACGAUGUCAUCGCUGGAGUCACGGAGUGGUGUCAGUACUCCUGCUACUCCAGCGUACAGUACAAGAAGAGCGUCUGGGGAGUCCUUAAAGGUCAGUUGGAGCGUGCCACUUACUCCGGCAUGGAGGGCAUCCAUCGCGAUGUUGCGGCGGCGUUGAGAGACUAUGCCAUCGGUUCCAUGUCUGCUUCAGACGUACGCGCUGCCAAAGCUAUCGGACAGAACGCACGGAAGAAGAAGAGAUCGAAAACGACAUCUAGCGACUUCGGCCACUCCAACAAGAAAACAAAAGAUGAUGCGCAGAGAAUAAGCUGGGCUCACGGUAUCCUCAACACUUCACUUGUGCUCUCCGCGUUGCUGCUGGUGGUUCUCAACGUGAAUCUCUUCGCUAAAGUUCAGUACUUGGAAACCGUUUCCAAAAAUCUGACGCUGGCAAGCCACUGUCCAGCUUUACUUGCAACGCCGUUUACGGAUCAGCUUCUCACAUCAGACCCGAACAGCGAUGAUCCUCAAGAAAUUUGGGAACUAGUGAAGAAUUUACUGGCGUCACAAAAAGCAAGUUAUUCUGCUGAGCUGCAGCAGAUGGGAAGCCACUUGCUGCAGGCCACUCGGGCACUGGAUCAGGCUGACUCAGAGCUGCAUAUCGUUCUGGACCGUCUUCCACAUUCCUUGGAUGUCCUCGCGGACGCUGUGAAAGAACAUAUUCGAGAAGAACAAGUCAUGGGGAAGAUCAGCGACGUGUUCAAGCGCAUCGAAACGCGCCAGCUUGACAACAAAGCCCAAACAUAACAGUGUGGUGACCACUGGAAAAUGUUUCUUUUGUCUACGGUAAUUAUAAGUGAAUCCUGUUAAAAAUGGAGGAAAGGCAUUCCUUGCCUCAAAAGUUUAUGGUUGCACGUACGUAUCACCUGUUGAGAAUAUAGGAACGGGCACAUAUAUUUUUCUAAUUAACUGGAAGGUAACAAAACAUCGCCGAAGUGUUAAAAAGAUUUAUUGUUACUACACCGACAUAAGAGAGAGGCUCAACUAAGUAAAAUGAACUGCAAUAAAUAUAAAGACCAUUUUAAAUUUCUGAUUUUGUAGUGAACGGCCUGAUCUAACACUCAUUACAAAAAUAAUGUACAGCGAGAAAGCGCUUAACCUAGUGUCAUGAUCAACUUGAGAGAGCCGUGUCGGAGUGUGAAAAAAUCCUUGUGCGUUUUUAAUUUCGUACCACGUCUUGUUAGUGGAACACCAGUGGUUGUUGACAUGAAAUGCCUUCAUUUUUGACAAAAGGAAACGUAUAAAAUAACCUCAAAAUUGUUAAAAGGCACGCAACAUCAUAGGAAAUUCUAGUCUCGAAGGGUUUUGAAGUAAUGAGACAAUCAUAUUACAACAAAUUACAAUCCUUUCAUGCGGAUUUUAUUUUGAAAGUGCAACUCGGGAUUCCGCUUCGAAAAAAUUAUUCUUGCUUAGUGAAGCCGUCAACAACCACAAGUCCUGUCACAAGACGUGGCGUCGGAUGCUAUAGACCGAAAAAGUGAAAAACUUAAAUCUAAAAAAUUUUAUAACGUAGUAGCAAGUUACAGAUAGAAAGAGAGAGAUCUAAUCUCAGACCGAUUGAUGCCGAAUCGUAAAACUCCAAGUUUGCUUCCUCCAUCUUUACUGGAGGAGACCUUGAUCCUUCGACAACAAUGACCGAGAUAGGGGACGAUUAAGUAGUAUUAUUUACGCGGAGUACAGCCUAAACAUUGAUCCUCAACGAAACUCGACGAGUCGGGUCAUCAAUAGUAAGUAGUAAAACAUUCAUAUAAUGGAGACUCAUCACAAUUCAUCAGCUUUAAUUAAAAUAUUCAGUUAAGAUAUUUUGCUGCGCAUGGAAAGGUGUUCCCCGUUCUAUAUCACUCCCCGCUUCAGUUGUUUUGCUAUAGUUUCUUGCAAAGAGCACGUCUCCAAAACAGCCGUUUGAAAUCUUAGAUAACUAUAGCUCAAGUUACUCAACGCAGGGAUACCUUCAACUUAAUAACCAUGAAGAAGGCGUAUUUUGAAGUGCAGAUAAACAAUAUUCGUUUGCGCGGUUCCUAUGUGGGAACGAAUUAAGCGAUUCAAUCUCAAGAGCAUUAACGCUGACUGAGCCUCGUUGGCGAAACUGAAGUACACUGGAAUUACACGGCCAAUUGAUUAAGUUGACCCUCGUGGAAGGGUAUUUAUAUCGACGAUGACCUAUGGUACACUAACAGACAAGCCUAGAGUUGGACAUUUAGCAAGCAUUUAAAAGAAUUAACACGCAAGGGCAAUAUGUCACGUUGGGAACACCAGUUUCUUGACGAAAUUAUCCAAAAACCGUCAACCUCAUUCAACUAUUACAGCACUACUGAAGUGAGCAAUAAUCAAUUAUCUAUAAUCAUAUGCAGCGCUCACAAUACUGGCGCAUUCUCAUUUCUUCACGGCCAUACACACAAAAGGUUUGCUCACAUUUGCAAGCGGCGUCGGCCAAUUUCCUAGUUAAAAUUAUGGUUUUAUUUUUUUACGCAAAAAUAAGCUCAAAAUGGCUGGUCUUUCAUACGCAAAUAGAAGAGUAUUUUUAUUUAUAGACAAGAAAAGAAAAAUUUUACAGGAAUUCAUCUACGUGCAAUCUUCAUCAAAAUCCAAUUUAGUCAGAACCAUAAAAAAUCCGCCAUUGAAAAUGAAGGCAAGCUCGCCCCCAAGUGUCAUUAUUUAAUAGGCAAAAAACCAGUCUUCCACAUUAAAACCAAACGAGUUCAGAUACAAUAACAGCUUCGCAGCCCUCGUACUCAAGUUCAGAUAAAAACGAGCGUUUACGGACAGACGUGAUGAGUAUAUUGUAACGUAUACGAGAACAGUCAGAAGCUAAGACCGCAUUGAAAAAAAUAACUUUAUUCUUUAGAAAUAUCAGAGAGCUAGAAUACGAUGCACUUAAAACUAGUUCAUUUGGGAAAUCCGCGGCGCCGAACUGAACGACACGGAAAAACAAUCUGAGCGCUUGCUGGGAUAAACCUCAUUUGUUCGAGAUAGCAAGUUGGACACAAAGUUAUCAAAUGAAGAGCUGAUUUACGAAUCCUAAAAUUUCAGGCCUUAAUACGGAACUCUGGAGGAGUUCAGUAGCAUAGUUCCACACUCAAAUGUAGUGAACAAUUUUACGUAGUAAACAAAUCCAGUAAUAGGAAGCGUAAACCAAUGGCAAGUAGAUAUAGCAUUUCAUUGCGUUUAAUUACCAUUUAGAUAAAACGAAGAGAUCAAGGGAAAGAGGAGAUAAUAUUUGGAUGCUUAAGGCAAGCGCAAAACUAACAAAAAGACAGGUCAGGUUUCGUUAUCCAAACUUGAGUGGGCAAAAAUGCCAAGGAAUGCUCGACUCGAGAGCUUCAAAUGCCCCCAAAGAAUCAAAAUUGUUCUGUCUAAAGGCCAAAAGAAGCAAAGGCUGCCAAGUGAGCGCUUUCUAGUUGGGACUUAACAAUUACUAUACAAAAGGGGUGAAGAUUCGCUGUAUGAAACAAGCUAAAACUCCAAAUAAAGUAAAGCUCCUUUCAAUUUUAACACCUACUUCGUUAUCGUAUAAUACAAAUUGAUUUGGUUUACUCUUCAUAAUCCAUAUUAUCAUUGUAGUCGCAAUCCUCAUCUGCACUUUUGUUACAAAAAAAUCAUGGGCAACUUUUCAGCCACAGAAACAGUUUACUUUUCCUUCUCUUCGGUUUUCUUGUUGUCAUCUUUAUCUGCAGCGUCCUCUUCUUUUUGAGCCUUCUCUUUCUCAUCAGUCUCCUUCUCCUCUUCCUUCUUUUUCUCUUCCUUGACGUCCUCCUUCUUCUCCUUGGCUUCUUCCUUUUCUUCCUUCUUCUUUUCCUCCUCAGGAGGAGGCUUGGGGAGAUGGGAGUUCAAGUCCAAUGUCGAGCACAUCUCCUCCCAGUCGGGGAAGGCGCGAUCCUUGAGGCGGUCACAGAAGCCCUUGAGGUUGGCGCAGUUCUCCAGCAGCCAGUCGCGCAGGCUGUAGCUCACCUCGGGGUCCAUGUACACCAACUGCGCCAGGUUCGCGAACGCAACC